AAAGGAAAGAAAGAAAGAAAAUGGUGGCAACCACCAAAGAUGAAUCUCUGGCAAUAUCUGAGUCAAAUUAUGAUAGACUAAGCGAACAAAGAGCUUUUGAUGACACAAAGGCUGGUGUAAAAGGACUUGUUGAUUCUGGGAUAACUAAGAUCCCUCGUUUCUUCUGCAACCAAUCAAACGACAUCAACAAAUACUCAAUAUCUGGAGAAUCCCAGUUGAGUAUUCCAGUUAUAGACCUCAAAGGCCUAACCAAAGAUCCAAUUCAACGCGAGGAGAUCGUUGAGAGAGUAAGAGAGGCGUCAAAGACGUGGGGCUUCUUCCAAGUCGUCAACCAUGGAAUUUCUUUGAGUGUUCUUGAGGAGAUGGAAAAUGCGGUACGUCAGUUUUUCGAGCAAGACACGGAGUUGAAGAAAGAAUUCUACACCCGGGAUGUCACUAGAAAGGUCGUUUACAAUAGCAAUUUUGAUCUGUUUAACUCUCCCAUGGCUACUUGGAGGGACACCUUUUUCAGCUUCAUGGCUCCUAAUCCUCCAAAGCCUGAAGAAUUGCCCGAGGCUUGCAGGAAAUAUAGAUUAAUGAUCAAUUCAUUUCAGUCAUGUCACUUUGUCAAUUAUGAAGCUGUUUUAGAGUAUACAAACAUAUGAUUAUGGUCGUCCAUGAAUGCCACGGUAGUAUAACCAGCA